CAGCUGGGUUCAUUUCUCCUUCCGCCUGUCGGGCACCGGGCAAAGCUAAAAGAGUCCGGGGGCCCGGUGCCGCCUGUCGCGGACGGGCGGGCUCGGGGCGGUCCCUCCGCCACGGCGGCCGCCGGCAGGUAAGGUUCCCUACAUUCCAAGAUGCCGCGGUACGGGAAAAUUAUUGUCAUUAAAAGGAAUGGGACCGAUGGAAUUGUUUUUCCACUCACCUCGACUUCUUGUUUAUUCGGAAGGAAAACAGAGUGUGACAUCCGCAUGCGACUGCCCUGGGUCUCCAACGAGCACUGUAAAAUCGAAAUAAAUGAGAACAAGGAGGCAGUACUGACUAAUUUGAGCGCAGUAAACCCCACACAGCUGAAUGGGGUUUGCUUUGAGCAGCCUGUUCCUCUGAAGCACGGGGAUGUCUUAACUAUUAUUGAUCGUUCUUUCAGAUUUGAAUAUCCUCUCCAGUCAACUCCGAAGAAGAGGCGUUCCAGGUCUCCAAAAGAUGAAACUCUGCAGGUUCUUCAUGUUCAGCAGGUGGCAGAAGUGGAAUUAUUACACAAACAAACUUCAGGAUCUAAAAGUCUUGGUGCUUCAGAUAAUGCUGAAUGUGAAGAAAAAAUUGCCAAUGAAAAUAAACAAACCACAGAGGAAAAUGUAUCCAAAGCUUUACCUGUCAAACCAAAAACACCCAAACCUUCACACAGAAUACACCAAGUUAUUAAAAAGCAAAAUGAGAUGUCUCCCUUUACUAAUCUCUAUGAAAAGCUGAAAUGUGAGAUGCAAAUGAAAAAAUCUCUGCAGAAGGGAAAUGACUCCCAACAAGCUGCAAGAGAAGGUGGAGAGAGUGUUGUGCCAGAGCGAAGUGCUCAGAUUUCAUCCCCAGGUUGUGAUCUGGGCAGCCUGAAUAAAGGAAAAGAAAGAGGCAGAAGUGGAAAUAUGGAAGAAUGUGUAAUUGUAAGAAGUGAAGUGAACCACUCAGGGUUUCAGCAGCUGGCAGCUGGAGGAAGUGCUCCCAGGAGGAGUUUUCCCAGGAGGAGUUUUCCCAGAAGUCUUCAAAAUUCUCUUUCGCAGGAGGUGUCGAGAGAUACCAGUCAGAGUCACUUGCAGAAUCCUGAGGAACUGAGUACACCAGUCACAUCUAAAGGUGCCAAGGUUACUCCCAGCAAGGAGAAUGGUGAGAAUUCCCUGUUUUCACUGCAGCAGUGCUCCAUAGAACGCUUGGAUUCUCCAGUUAGGGAGAAAAUACACAUCUCUACUACUCACACACCAAAGGUUUCUGAAGCAGAUAAACAUGUGCUGUCCACACCAAGGCCCAGAAGGAAGAGCCCUCGGUCUCCUUUUGUGUCUCCUUCCAAGGAAAUCACUGGAAUGAAUCCUGUGAAUGCUGAUACUCCAACCACCCGCCGGCGUGUGUCACUGAAACCCAAGUGUCUGUCAGAAAUUCCAGCUGAAACUCCGAGGGAGGGUUCAGACAUCACACAACUGCCUUUCCCAGAAAACAAAUCCAUGAAACAAAGACGAAAUAGCAAGGGAUGCCCAUCAGGAACACCUGCACAAGAAGUGCUGAAGGAAAUCAGUGAUCAGGCAAACUUUAACUCAGAGGUGGGACUUUCUGAAAGUCCUGCUGCUUUCUCCAAUUCCAAGAGUCCCAGAAGAAAUAGCAGGCAAAGUAAAGAAUUCUUAGACAAAAGUGUCCAUACAGAGACACUGGCUUCAGAAGAGUUAAUGGCAUCUCCUGCUGGUCAGACACCUGGCUCUGGGAGGAAAAGGGGAAGGCCAAGGAGCUCUGAGAGGAAAAGGGGAAGACCAAGGAGCUCUGGAAUGCUGACUGAAACAGCACUGGAGACAAACACUGUGCAAGAACAUCCUGGUAAGACUAGAGACAGAAAAGAAAGUGGAACUCCAGCAGAGCUGGCCAUGGAGGGGCAUCACCAGAAACAAGACUUGGAAGAUGCUGGUGAUAUCAGACCACGUGGGCUGUCAGCAAAGAGAGGUUCUGGAAGUGCUCCUAUGCUGGAAGACAACAAGGCUGUCCCAGAAACAAAUACUUCUGGCCUGUUGGGUGGAGAAGACUCAGGCAAGACAAAAAGGUUGACUCAGAAGAGGAAAAGUGAUGAUUUGCUCCUUCAGACUUCAGGAAAAAGAAAGAGAGUGUCUUUUGGUGGCCAUCUGAGUCCAGAACUUUUUGAUAAAAGUUUGCCUCCCAACUCUCCCCUUAAAAGAGGAGCUCUUCCUGCCAGGCUGAGCUUGCCCUAUGGAACCUCACCUCGUGCUGUGCUGAAAAAGGCUCAGGGAUUGAAGCUCUUCACAGACCAGGAAAAACAGAUGUCACAAAGAAGUUUACCAGCCCAGAAGUCCCCAGCUGCCUCCUCCCCUUCCUCAGGGAAGGCAGCACCUCAAGUCCCUUCAGGCUCUCCAGCCCCUUACAGGAAAGGGCGUUUCUCCAUUUCCCAGCUCCCGGCGCCGCUCCCAAUCCCAGAGGAGAAGGAUUCUGGUGCACAGGACCUGAAUGCAAAGGAGAAAAGUGGUGUGAGAGUGAAAACACCUCAGUCUUCCCCCAUUAACCAAGAUGACAAAACUUUUGCAUCAGCUACACCUGCCAAACUAACCAGAAGUGCCCAAGUGGGUUUGAAGGGCACUUCCACAAAGAGAAGGAGCGGGGCUGUGGGAGUUCUCCAUGCAAAGAGAAGAAGUGGUGCCUCCAGUGCUAAUUUAUUAGUUGCAAAAUCUUGGGCUGAAGUGGUAAAAUUGGGUGUUGCAAGACCACAGUCAAAGACUUCUAAGAAGAGUGUCCGAAGAGGAAGAUCCCUAAAGAGGAUAAACCAGCCACCAAAGACUCCAGAGAGGAAAAUAAAAGGUCACUUCAGCACAGGUCAUGCUGAGUCACCUGCUACAAUAGUUGUAGGUAGAGCUUACUCCACCACGCUCAGAUCAGCUGGACGCGUCCCUAAAGUGGUAAAAAAUCCCGUCCUGAAGCUCAACAUGAAUAUGGAUGAAAGCUUCACAGGAGUGCCUGAAAUGUUUCAAACUCCGGAAAAUAAGAGUGAAAAAACAUUACCUUUGGCUGCUGCUCAGAGUGCUGAUUUUACACCAACCUGUGCUGCAGGGGACAUUUCUGACUUGCACACCCCUGAAGAAUCUGGAGAGAUGAUGGUGUCACCCUUAAAUAAUUCAGAUGCUUCAGAACAGAAACAAGAGAGUCCAGGCAUUUGUCACUUGCUGAGAGAGAAGUCAUCUCUAAGCUCUGUGUUUGAUGAAAUAUCCACAAAAACUCCCGAAAAAAGAAAAUCUGUGCAAGAAGAUAAUAUUAAUGUGGAUAGUUUAUCAAUCAUUCCAGAAAGACAAGCAUCUCUGGUGAAAUCAGGAAGGAAAAGAAGGACUCCAAAGCAGAAGUUGGAGCCAGCUGAGAUCAUGUCAGACAUCAAGCAGCUUUUAAGGACCCCAGAGCAAAAGUCAGAGACAGUAGAGUUCUUUUCUGGCAUCAAGGAGCUCUUGAAGACCCCAAAGCAGAACACAGAGCCUGCAGAGGCUUUGUCAGGCAUCAGGCAGCUCAUGAGGACCCCAAAACAGAAAUUGGAGCAGCUCUUGAAGACCCCAAAGCAGAACACAGAGCCUGAAGAGGCUUUGUCAGGCAUCAGGCGGCUCAUGAGGACCCCGAAGCAGGAAUUGGAGCCUGCAGAGGCUUUGUCAGGCAUCAAGCAGCUCAUGAAGACCCCAAAACAGAAAUUGGAGCCUGCAGAGGCUUUGUCAGGUAUCAGGCGGCUCAUGAGGACCCCAAAGCAGGAAUUGGAGCCUGCAGAGGCUUUGUCAGGCAUCAAGGAACUGCUGAGGACCCCGCGGCAGAAGCCAGAACCAGUGGAGGACCUGUCUGGCAUUAGGCAGCUCAUGAGGACCCCACAGCAAGAGCCAGAACCAGUUACAGAUGAAAUUGCCCUUAAAAGGUUGCUGAAGACUCCAGUACAGAAGAGGGGAGCAGUAAAAGGUAUGGCAGGUGUUACUUCAGUCCAGAAAACCCCAAAACAGAAAUACCCACCAGUUGAAGACAUGGUUGGGAUCAGCCGCAUUUUCAAGACACCAAAGGAAAAGGUUCAACCCAUAGAAAACAUGUUUGGUAUCAGCAGAUUGGUGAAGUCUCCCAGACAGAAGAACCAACCAGUUGAGGAUUUUGUGGGGCUGCAAAGGCUCAUGGCAGAGCCCAGGCAGAAACCUUCUGAUAGUGAAGUGGACUAUGCUGGAAUGACAGAAAUGUUUGAUACACCAGAGGAAAUGGAGGUCAGAUCAGUAAUGGAUUCUCAGCAAGAUUCUGCACCUCCUUGUUUUAAUUCCAGUCAUAAACGUGAAAAUAAAGGAAAUACUUCCCAGGGUGAAGGUUCUCCACAAAAGGAAUCAACUAGUGCAGACCAGUCUUCCCAGAGACCAAGAAGGGGCAGGCCAAGGAAGACUGUCCAUCCUGCUACAGCGAAGCAGAGUGAAAAGGAAGUGAAUUUAAAAGAAUUGCAAAGUCUGGAUACCUCCAGCACCCAAGAGGAGAUGGGAGCAAUCACACCUGAAAACAAAGGAAGAGGAAGGAGAACGAAGCGUUGCCUACAAGAAGUUGUUUCGAAGCACCCUGAUCAGGAACCACAUGGAGCUACUCAAAGACCAGGAAGAGGUAAAAGGAGAGAACUGAAGGAGUUGAAACACCCAAGUGAGACUCUUGAGUCUUGUGUUGAAGGUUCUUCAGUGCUACCAGAAGAGCCUGCAAAUAUGAAACAACCUUUGCAGGAGUGUGGCGUCGAUGACAUGUUAGAAACUGGAGAUGAUCCAGGCAAAAAGACAGGAUCUGGUAGCAUUCAGAAGGAAAAUUGUCAGCUGCAAACAGAUGUAAAUAAAUCUGAUAACAAAUCUAAUGACAGUGGUAUAGAAGACAGUGAAGAAGUGCUUCUGUCACCCAGGAAGAGGACCAGAGGAGUAGAAAACACAGAACCACCAAUUCCACCUAAAAGAGGACGAAGGGCUAGAAAUGACCAAGUUAAACAAGAUCCUUCAGCAGAACUUCAUGGAACAGCAAGGAGGCUUCGUAAAGACCCACCAGCAAAGGUCCUACAAAGAGAUAAACAGACUUUUGACAAGGAUCCUGAGGCUGUCACAGCAGAAGAACCUGAAAAGGGGAGAGAACUUGAAGUACAGGUAACAGAGAAAAGAGUUAAGUCUUUAAGAAGUACUAGAAACAGAAAGCAUUCAGCUGAAGGAAAAGCAGACACUUGUGGGGUCACACAGGACAUUCAGAAAACUGAGGAAACAUCAAAUCAAACUGAAGCACAACCACACAUCAAGAAUGAGAUGGAAGUAUCUCAGGGAUCUGAAACAGAAAAUGCUCAGGAAAUUACAACAGAGGCAUCUCAAAGAUUAAAGGCAGAGUCACCAUGUGGGGAGACAAACAAACUGCCAGUCACUGCUGUGAACUUGGAAGCAAACAGAAGGGCAGCACAGGAAACAAACAGGAUGAGGAGCAGGAGAGGCAAAAAAGACUCCUGGGAGCAAAAGGCUGAGGAAUUUACUGAAGAUGGGAGCAACCUAAAACUAAUUCCUUCUAAGUUUAGGUCAGACACAGAAGCGGAUGAAUUUCUCAAAGAUUCUUUGGGCUCUGUUUGUGUCAAGAACACAUCCCAAGUCACAAAGGACCAGGACAGCCCAGCUGCCAUGUCAGUACCUGCUGCAAACAGUGACAGUCUUGCUCCUGGCCAUCAAAAACGGGCAAGAAACCAACAGGGAAUACUUAAAGCAAAGCAAACUGAAAUCCUACAGGAGAAUCCAGCAGAAAGAAACAGAGCAGUGUUUAGAAGAGGUAAAAAAGUUAAUUUUGAACUUGGAGAAGUCAGUUCCAAAGAGGUUGAAAUAAAAAGCAGUUUACCAGGGGAUGCUGAAGGAAUGACUGACAACAGUCAACACGAGAAUUUGGAAAAUCCUUCACGAGUGAGGAGGGGCAGAAGAAAGCAAGUUGAUUCCAUUCCACAAACAGCCAGUCCUACCUUUAUGGAAAAACAAACAUUACCUGCAGAUCACAGUGAAGAUGAGGCUUUUGUGAAGGAGCAAGAUGCAGCUCUGGAAGGUGCUCCCUGUUCAGUAGAAGCCAAUCCACCGAGACGAGGGAGAAGGCGAGAGGUUGGUGCAGCAUCACAGACAUCGAGAUCUCCUUCUGUCAGAACGAGACGUGGGUUGCUGGAAGGAGGUGAUAAAAAGAUGACUGUGAGGGAAGAUGAAAAUCCAGCUUUGGGAAAUAAAACUUCUCAGGUAAAAGCAAAUGCAUCAGCAAGGGACAGAAGGAAGAAGAUUGAUCUUGCAGCAGAGGCAAAAAGUUCAGCUCCUCUCCAGAGAAAAUGUGACUUGUCAGAGACUGAUGCUAAAGAUGGGGGAGCUAAUGAAGAACAAAGUGUGCCUUUGGAAACAGUGUCCUGUGCAGAAGAGAAACCAUUAGGAAGGGGCAGAAGGAAAGAAACUGCACUGGCAUCACACACAACAAAUUCCAUUCCUCUUAGAGGGAAACGUGGUUUGCCAGCGGAUAAUGGUAGGGAAGACACGCCCAAAACAGAGCAAAACAUUCCCUUAAAAGCUGAUGAUUCAUCUGUAAAAGAAAAUCAACUGAGAAAAAGCAGGAGGAAAGAAAUUGCCCUCAAAGAAACCACAAGCCCUAAUCAGGGGGAACAGGUCCCAUCAAAACUAAGUGGUAGGAAGAAUAACUAUAGGGAAGCAAAAAAAGUGAGUUUGGAGAAUUCUUCCCAAGAAAACAGGGAUCUUUCAAAAGAGAACUCGAGGCAAACAAGCGCUUCAGUGGCUGGUAGUUCUACCUCACUUCAAGGUUUGCCAGAAGAUAGUAAGGAUGGAGCUCCUGAGGAACAGCAGAGCAAACUUUUGGAAGGAGCUUCACCUGCAAAAGAAAAUCUAUCAAGAGUAAGCAGAAAGAAAACAACUUCUUCCGCAUCUGAAGAAACUUCUACUUCUCUCAGGGAAAAACCCAACCUACCCAAAGGCAGAGGGCAAAAGAGGAUUCUUAAAGAAGCUGAAGCUACUCCUCCAGAAAAUAAUUCAUGCCAGGGAAGAACAAGGCAAGUGAGGAAUAACAGGAGGGCGGUACAAUUCACAUCAGAGGCAGCUACUUCUACUUCUCUCCAUGAAAACAGUGAGUCGCCUGAAAAUGGAAAUGCUCUGGAAACUGAGAAUUUAUGUGUGACAUCCACUGGUUGUGAGGGCAGGAAUCAGUCUGGAAAAGGAAAGGAGGGGAACCCUGUGCCACAGGCAACGUCCACUUCUCGCAGAAGGAAGUGUCAGCUGCCAGCAGAUGAUUCAGCACCCAAAAAACUAAAAUCAGGGAAUGCUGAAAAUGGAUCGCUGGGAAAAGGAAAAAGGAACAAAACUAAGGAAGAACUUGGGAAAGAGAAUGUGAGGGCAGCUCAGACCUCUGGAGUCAUGGACAGGAAGACAAGAUCCAGCACAAGAACAAGGAAAUAGUUUUAAGAGUCCCAGAACCAGUUUUUAAAUCAAUUCAGUCAUUCAAAUUCUAGGUUUUUUUUUCCAAUGUGAACUGAUUUGCACUCAGAUUUUAAGCUCAGAUUUUGAUAAUUCAGUCAUUCCUUUAUAAAACGUGUUUUUUACUGUGUUUUUUUAACAGCUUUUUCUAUGUGUGGUGGUUCCUGAACCAGGGGUGCUUGUGCAAAGCUGCAAACAUAAAAAUACAUCUUAUUAGACCAGUAUCCAAUUUUUCUAUUAAUUAGUACAGCAAUCAGGAAGCCAUAUUACUGCCAGGUGAAGCUAUUUUCUGCUUGAAUUUUCAUAUGCUUAAGUUUUAUUUUUCAUUAGAGCUCUGUAAAUAUUCUUUAAAAAAAACUAUAGCUGUAUUAGAACUAUUAUACUGAAAUUUUGAUAAUUUUUUCUUUAAAAAUUAAGUUCUUUUUACUGAAAUGUGGAGAUUUGCAAGUCAUUAAACUUGUAAACAAUU